GGAGACGCACAGAGACGCACAGAGACGCACAGAGCAUCUGGAUGGUCGCUCUCAGCCUUUCCCCGGCGUCUAAAUAACCUGUAGUCUUUUAUUUUUAUUUCUUUCCAACUUCAGCUACAGUGUUAGCUAAGUUUGGAGAGGAGGAAACAGAGGAUUCGCGCGUUUUCUUUGGUUUUGUUGUGUUUUUUCUCGUGUUGUCGUUUGCAGGAUCAGGGUCUGGCAGCGCUGCUCGACCCCCUUCUAUUACAAAAGAGGAGAGAUAACCCAGAAACAAGAAGAAAAAGCACCUUUAACCUAGAUAUUUCAGGAUAUUUCGGAUCUAAAAUGGAUAACACGGGCCCAAAGAAGACUUGCUGUGAAGCUGUCCUGGACUUCUUUACCUCAGCCAAAUUCCUGAUUUACAUGGGGCAUGCACUGUCAACAUGGGGCGACCGCAUGUGGAACUUUGCCGUGGCCGUGUUCUUGGUGGAGCUGUAUGGAAACAGUCUGUUGCUCACAGCGGUCUAUGGGCUCGUGGUGGCCGGUUCUGUCCUGCUUCUUGGGGCCAUUAUCGGGGACUGGGUCGACAGGAAUCCAAGACUUAAAGUGGCCCAGACUUCGCUCAUUGUCCAGAACAGUUGUGUGAUCGCGUGUGGGGUCCUCCUCAUGGUCGUGUUUCAGUUCAAAGAGCAGCUCAGUGUCAUGUACAAUGGAUGGAUUCUGACCACCUGCUACAUCUUGGUCAUCACCAUCGCUAACAUCGCUAACCUGGCUAGCACGGCCAUGUCCAUCACCAUUCAAAGGGACUGGGUGGUGGUAGUGGCUGGGCAGGAUAGCAGCAAGUUAGCUGACAUGAACGCCACUGUCCGGAUCAUUGACCAGCUGACCAACAUCCUGGCCCCGAUGCUGGUGGGGCAGGUGAUGGCGUUUGGGUCGCACUUCAUCGGCUGUGGCUUCAUCUCGGGGUGGAAUCUGGUGUCUAUGUGUGUGGAGUACGCUUUGCUCUGGAAGGUCUAUCAGAAAACCCCCGCUUUGGCGACCAAGGCCGGACAGAAAAACCCGCAACAGCAAGAACUCAAGGACCUCAGCCCUGUCAGAGAGCUGGAGAAUGGUCAGAGCCCAGAGGAAUCAUCUCAACCCCUCAUGACCGAGUCUGCAGCAAACAGGCCCGAAUCUCCACGGAAACGCGGGUGCUGUUACCAAGUCACCGAGCCUCUGCGCACCCUAAAAGCCGGCUGGAUCUCCUACUACAACCAAAACAUCUUCUUUGCCGGCAUGUCCCUGGCCUUCCUGUACAUGACUGUCCUCGGGUUUGACUGCAUCACCACGGGAUACGCCUACACCCAGGGCUUAAACGGGUCCGUGCUGAGUUUGCUCAUGGGCGCUUCGGCAAUUUCGGGAAUCUGCGGCACCGUGGCCUUCACCUGGAUUCGGAAAAAGUGCGGUCUGAUCCGAACCGGGUUCAUUUCGGGCGUGGCUCAGCUGUCCUGUCUGAUGCUGUGUGUGGUGUCGGUAUUUUCGCCCGGGAGUCCGUUCGAUCUGACCGUUUCGCCUUUUGAAGAUCUCUACACUCAUCUGGUGGGGGAGAAGGCGUUGCCCGAAGCCGAUCAUAGUUUGACGGGACUCGUGAGCGGCGUCAAUGCUACUGCCACGACGACAGCUGCGAGUAUGACCACAUCUGCGGAGGAAUUGCCCCCCCUGCAGUCCUACCUGUCUGUGAGCCUGCUGUUUGCUGGGGUCAUCGCUGCUAGAAUGGGCCUGUGGUCCUUCGACUUGACCGUGACUCAGCUCAUUCAGGAAAACGUGAUGGAGUCGGAGCGCGGUGUCAUCAACGGCGUCCAAAACUCCAUGAACUACCUUCUGGAUCUUCUCCACUUCAUCAUGGUGAUUUUAGCCCCUAACCCCGAAGCCUUCGGCCUCCUCGUCAUCAUCUCCGUCUCCUUCGUAGCGAUGGGUCACAUGAUGUACUUUCGGUUUGCGUUUAAAAGUCUCGGUAGUCGCCUGUUCCUCUGUUGUUCGCCCGAGCAGAAAGUUGAAAAUGUGGAAAGUCCGUCCUCGAUAACUGCCGCCACUGUCUAAAUCUAAAAGAGACUCAAUUCUAGUUACACUGUUUUUAUAAACGUACUUCUUCAAACUUUGCCUCGCUAUCACAACUAACAGCUUUAUCGUAGAGCAACUUAAACUACGCACAUUAUGUAGAAAAAUGUGUAUAAAAAGCCCUUUUUUUAAACUGUCCAUGGGUUUGAGGUUGAUGGAAUGAAAUGGACCUUUGCCACAGCGAUUAACAAUUAACAAAACAAAACAUUAUAUCUUAGGAAUGGUCAACCGUCCUCAAAAUGGCGCCGUACAACAGGAAGUCAUUGUUUCAGAACGAUAAAGAGUGAAGAAUUUGAACGGUUGCCAUAGCAAUUAAGUCCUCAAAAUGGCGUUCGUACCAGGAAAAAAGUGAUUAUUAUUAUUGCACUGGUUGUAGUCGGAUAUUGACAAAAAUCUAAACAGUCACAUUCAGUAUGACAUAACUGAUUGGCAGUCGCCGUAGUUGCCCUUGGGCAGACUACAUUCAGGUGUGGCUGCUGUUCUGUUCUUCUUUGUUGUAACUUUUGUACAGAGAAGUAAAGUGUCUUGCCAGAGAACACAACAAAAGUACAAAUGGUUUAGUUCAAAAGGGGAUAAUGUUUCGGUCGACCAUCUAAUUUGUUUAUAAAAUCAGGCUUAAGCGCUCUCUUCCUGAGGAACAAACACAUUCACGGGUCACUUUUGGUGUGAUUAUGAAACGUUUUGAGGACUUUUUCCCGUACAAAAGAUAAAGCGUUUAGUUUUAAAUUGCUAAUCGCUGUGGCAGUGGUUCUAAUCCCUAUGAUCCUGAAACCUGUGGAUAGUUUAGGACGUGCUUCAGCUUUGUAGAGUACUUCUUAUUUCUGGAUAGCACCAACCAAGUUUAACUAUUAAAACCAAGAUAAGUCCCAGUUUCCAUUUUGUAAACUUGACGUUAUGUAGUGUAGGGCUGUGCAAAGUGAUUACAGCUUUUACUCUAAUAAUCAGUUGAACAAUUUAAUGAUAUUGUGAAUCGUUUAGCCUCACAAACCCUGAAGAAAAACUCCAAAUUAUGACAUAAGUUAUUGGCUGUUCAGUUUGAUUUCUAUAAGGUUUUUUGCUGAGUUACACUAAAAUGAAUAAAUAUUUAAAGAUCAGACAGUGGACAGGAGCUGAAAACAUGUUUAAAACGACACAAAUAAAACAAAAACUUCACCGGAGACACUUCUGUGUUUAGAAAGAAAUGUUUGUGUCUCAAUGCUAACGCUAAUGCUAAUUUUGAGGCUUAAUAAAUAUUAAAACGACACCACAAACUGAAAAAUUCUACUUAUAAAAUAAUUAGGUAGUUUUUAUUUGAAUUAUUUUUAUUUUAAUAGAUGUUUAUUUUUUCGUGUUUUGAUAAAAGUGAUUGUUAGCUUUAGACGCAGUGAGCUAGCUAGCGUGCUGCUGUGUACGGAGUUUAAAUAAUGACAGUUUCAGUUAUAACCCAAAUAAUCCAAAUUAUUUCAGUCCUUGUAGUUCAUAUUUAUCAUAGUUUUAGAUAAUGUAAGGGUUUUUUAUUUUACUGAAGUGAAAUUAGCAGUAAUUUGAGUUUAAAGUUCAGUUUUGUUGGUGCUAUCUGCGGUCUAACUUUACCCGUCUGUCUGUAGUUUUGCGUCUAUGUCUUGCUUCUUUUUAACACUUACAUUGGUUGCAGUUCUCAUUUAUUUAACUAGGAUUUAGUCUCUCCAAAAUGCACAUAAACAGGACAGUUGUAUUUAUUCAGGUGAAAUGUUUUUAUUGUUCGAUCAGUAUUGUGUGUGAGGAGUGCUCGGUCCAGACUAUGCACCGUUACCAAAGUUUAAAAGUCCAUACGCGUGGCAUUCAAGGGGCGUGAGGGAAACUAAGCAUUCCAAAUGUAUAUUUUUAAAAACAUCAGGUGACACAAAUGAGAAGUGUUCAUGCGACGGUCCCGUGGAAAUAUCGGAAAAAAAACAACAAAAAACUGCUUUUCCAAGUUGAGAAAUGGAAUAGAAACCGUCUUUAGAUACAAGUACAGUCCUGUAUGUUCACAACGGCGGGUUUUUAAA